UAAGGGGGCAGGACUCCGGGAGCAUCAUGAAAGCAAAGACUGAGCUUCUCCCUCUGCCCUUCCUCCUUCCCUGCCUGCUGUUUCCCUGCCUGCAUGCUCCCGGGGAGGAACUGGGCUCCCCUUCGCCUUCCCGGGCUCUCGGUGCAGGACAGGGAUGAAGGCAGGAGCUGGGUGCUGGGAUGGGAGGCUGAGCGAGGGGAGGAGGAGGCAGAGGAGGGGAGGGCUAGGGGGAGGAUCUGCUAAUUACACAGAACAGCUCUGGGGGCUCUGCUGAAGUCCAGAAUGAAGCAAAGAGCAGCAGAAGCAAGUGCUGCAGUGGGAGCGGAGCAGCGUCACCAAGAGCCGGGGCUGGCUGGGAGCAAACGGGGGCACCCCGGGAACCCUGCAGCCCCGUAUCCCCAGGGAACAGCCUCCAGCACAGCCACCAGCUCCUCGGCAGCCAGCCCCGGGCCAGAAGAGGGGAAGGGGCUGGUGGUCCCGGGGGUGCAGGGUUAAACUCAGCCCUGCUGCAGGCUAGGCUGGAGGGCAGCGGAGCCCUGCCAUGGUCCCGGGGGGCUAGGAACCUGAGCGGAUCCACCGGGAAGGGGUAACGGAUGGCUGCUGAAGGAGGGAGAGCCAAGCCCGGCACCCAGUCCAGGAUGGAGAACUUCCGAAAGGUGAGGACGUCGGAGGAGGAGAGCCCAUUGCCCUUCCCCGACCUGCCACCGGACGUGGUGGAGAUGAAAGUGAAGGAGGGCAGCAAGAUCAGGAACCUGAUGAACUUCGCCAUGGCCCAGAUGGAGCUGAAGGGCAGGCGGCAGAUUGUCUUCAGCGGCUGCGGCAGGGCCGUCACCAAGACCAUCACCUGCGUGGAGAUCAUGAAGCGGAAGCUGGGAGGGCUGCACCAGGUCACCAAGGUGCGCUACAAAACCCUGCUGGAAGUCUGGGAGAACCAGGACCCACUGCCCAGCGGCGGGGCACAGAACCUGACUGUCCACAAGAACGUCCCCUCCAUCAGCAUCCUGCUCUCCCGGGACCCCCUGGAUCCCAACCAGACCGGCUACCAGCCCCCGGAGCCCCGGCACGGGCUGGAGCCACAGCUCGGCCAGGAGGGAGAAGACACGUCCAGCUCCUCCAGCAAGGGGGUGAAGCGGCCCCUGCCACCUCCCUGCGAGGAGCUGCUCACCAAGAAGCUGCAGGUACAGAUACCCGAUGGCCCGAGGGGCUCGGGGAGCACCGACCGCCCAGCAGACCAUCACCACUGAGCGCCACCUCCUGCCCCGACCAGCCCCAC